AGGGAUCCCUCUGAUAGUCAUGUUUGUGUACCAUGAUCCUUCAUUUUACAGAUUGCAUUUAUCUGUGUGCAUUGAAGGUUCCCCAUAUACAAACUAUCAACAGCUUGGAGUGUUUGCACAGAUUUGAUCUUGCACAUUUUUGCAAAAUGGUUGGCUUUGCCACACGCUCUGCAUUUAGCCCUUAUGCUGGACAUGAUCUUAGUGCGUGUGUCUGUCCACAUCUGGUACAUGCUUUUGAUGUGCCGCUUUAAAGGGCUUCAUUUUGUAUCUUGUUCCCUUAAUCAUGUCAGAUGCAUGCACUUCAUUUUCUUUUUUCACUGAUGCCAUUGUUUAUUCUUUCCUUGGCAAUCAGAUGCCCUGCAUAUGUCUAUGGCCUUUUAUAGAGUCAGAUUUGGUUCUCUCAGCAGUUUUUCUGUCACACUAAAGACAAUUUUGUCUCUUAUCAUGUCAUCCUCUGAUGCUCCAAAUUGACAAGUUUUGCUUUUUUGCCUGAGUUCUGUAACAAACUUAUCAUCAUGCAUUGGCAAAUGUAUCAUGCAUGUCCAGAACUGAUGUCUCUUAAAUAAUUUUUAGCUGUGCAGUAGUUUCUGAAAGCUUUCAAAAUCUUGUCUACAGUUACUUCUUCUGGUGCUUCUUUUACUAUUUCAAAAGUGUUGUAAAUCUCUAGUGCCUCCUCACCUGAAUGGUUUGCUUCCGGCUUCGCUACUGUUCGGAUGCUCUUGCUUACUGCUCUGCGCUUUGCUCCCUGUUUAUGUACUUUUCUCAGAUUUUUCUAAGAUUUUAACUUCAGCAGAUCAGCACAGUGUUCAAACAACACAGUUUUGGCACAAACACCAAACUAAAGACCUUUUGGGACUGGAAUAAUACUACCAAAAAUAAGUCUCUUUGCCUCCCACUGCCAGCAGCUUACAUUCCAGAGACCGGAAAACACAGCUGCCUACAUUUAAACAAAUGAGAAAGAAAAUGCCUCUUGUGGAGUCUACUUGCUGCAUGAACUGCCACAGACUUCUUCAAAAGUUUGUGGUUCUUGAAACAAAGUUACUUGCUGAACUUCCAAAACAGGCGGGACACAGAGAGCGAGACCCAAAGGCACUUGAGACAUCAGAUUGUCACGAGUAUCUCGUAUUGCUGCGGUAGCAUCCUCUACCUCAGAUACGGCUAUGACGAGGCUUGCAAACACUGGUAUUCUACCACCCCCUAUACAUCUUGAGAACAGAUUUGAAGCAUUAAUGAAUGUGGGUGAGGAAUCCCCAAAUGUGACUGAACAUAGAUCGUAUCAGCCAGCAGCUAACAUUGCUACUAACAGGCGCUCAAGGUCGAGCAGACAGCAGCAUCCAGCUCAAAGCGCAGCCGAGCCCAGGACUCUGAUAGUGGGCGACUCUAUUAUCAGAAACAUCAGUAGUUGGACUACAACGACAUGCUGCUCUCCUCAAGCAACCGUCUCUGAUGUGAACAAGCAACUUCGGAACAUUCUAAUGAAGCACAAGACUACAAAUCGAGUCAUCAUCCAUGUGGGGAAGAAUGAUAUUCGGAAAGAGCAGUCAGAACUCCUUAAGAAGGAUUUCAGUGAACUCUUUGAAACACUUCAAAGACUUGAAGUUCAGUCGUUCAUCAGUGGACCACGCCCAGCAAGGGGAACAAACAUGUUUUCACGGCUGCUUGGGCUGAAUACAUGGCUACAAAGAACCUGCAGUAUAAAAGGAGUCAACUUCAUCGACAACUUCAAUCUUUUCUGGGGCCAUAGACAACUGUUUAAACUGGAUGGCCUCCACCGAAACAAACUUGGUGCAAGAGUUCUAAAGGACAAUAUCUACUUCUCCCUCCAUCAUCCUUCAGUAGUGUAUGCCAAUCCACUCAACCUGAAUGGCACACACACACCUGGACCGAGUAUGAGUGACCACAGGACUUCGUAUCAGCUUCCGAGUCCCACAAGGACACUGAUAACGCCACGCAGCCACAACAAGCACUGCUCAUGGAAACUAUCCCGGCUGAGCCCUGCCAACAGAGCUAAUCACAGACAGACUGUGACAUAUUACAACAGCUCCAAGACUCAGCACCCAAGGACGAUUUUCUGGAAAACAGCCAGGAAAACACAUCACAGCCACCGGAAACACCAGAGCCCAUCUCACCAGCCACAUUAUCCCUCUCUGCAGCAUCUCCACUUCUAAGCUUCUCACAGAAAAUGGAGGAACUGGUGUAUGCUGGGACCAAACUCUCCUACUCUUUCGGUGCAAGCUCCCAGAUAUCAACUAAAAAAAUGGCUGGCCCCACAACCACCAAAGCCUGUGGGCCCAGCUCGCCCUCCUCCUCCUGUGAGAGCUGUCCGGCCGCUGCCACAACGUCAGGGCCCAAAUCCUCCUCCAUCUGCUACCAGUAAUGCCUGUCACCCUCAACAUGAACAUGGCAAUGCCUUCCUGGUUUGACAUAGUUAGUCUCAAUCCUAAUGCAGAGGAAGAUGAAACUGGAAUUAAAAGAGCUGCUGAAAGCAUCAAAGCACUGAUUGAUCAAGAAGUUAAAAAUGGUAUUCCAUCUCAUAGAAUUGUGUUGGGAGGGUUCUCUCAGGGUGGAGCCCUCUCUCUCUACACCGCUUUGACAACUCAUCAGAAGCUGGCUGGUGUGGUUGCUCUCAGCUGCUGGUUGCCCCUCAGGAACUCCCUAUCAAAGUCAAUGAUAAGCAAUAAUAAGGACAUAUCGGUGCUGCAGUGUCAUGGCGAAGCAGAUCCUCUGGUUCCUCUUAUUUUUGGCUGUCUCACUGUAGAGAAACUCAAAGUCAUGCUGAAUCCCUCCAAUAUCACUUUUAAAACAUACUCUAGAAUGCCUCACAGUGCAUGUCCUGAGGAAAUGAUGGACAUCAAGCAGUUUAUUGAGAAGCAGCUCCCCAAAAUCAAUUAAUCAACCAUUUAUACUGUAAUACACAAAAUAUGUUUUUACCUUCUUAGAGUACUUAAGAUACUAUAUUACAAAUAUACUAAAGUGCAUGUAGUGUUUUCAGACACUUAAUUGUAUGUUGUUUAUAAUUAAAUGAAAAUGUAUGGUAACACUUUAUUUCGAUAGUCCACUUUAGACAUUCUACUAACAAUAAGUAACUUUGCAACUACAUGUCAACUAGCAGUCAUUAGUGUAUUAGAAGACUGUUUAAUAUUUUCUAAAACUUUAUUUUGAUGGGUCCACAAUAUACUACAUACGGACUAUGAGAAACUUUGUACAUGUCAACUUAUUCUACUAACCCUAAACCUAACCUAACAGUCUACUCUGAGAGUUAGUAGACAUGUAGUUGCAAGUUAAUGAGAAUUAGUUGGCAUGUAGUUGAUAUGCAGUUAAGAAAUUACUUAUAGUUAUUAGAAUGUCUAAAGUGGACUAUCGAAAUAAAGUAACCAAAUGUAUUGCUUUCCAAAUACUCUGCACCAGGUGUGUCAAAUUCAGUUCCUGGAGGGCCACAGCCCUGCAGAGUUUAGAUUCAACCUUAAUUAAAUGGCCCUCCAGGAACUGAGUUUGAUACCCCUGCUCUACUCUGUAGCAUCUGAUGAGCCCAAAAGUUUCGUCAUGCGACCUGGGGCCAUAAAUUCCCUGACCCUUAACAAUGAACCCUGUAGCAUCACAGGAAUGGUCCCAACAGAGAUUUGUGAAGGCUCUGAUCAGGUCUGGGAGGGAAUGGCCUCCCACAGACUUUUUUUUUUCUUUCACUUUUUACUUUGAUGUUGAUGUUUAUACCCUGUUUACACUUGGUAUUAAGAUGUUUUCAUCAAUCUGAUCAUAAUUGGACAAUACUACAUAUAGAUGGGGUCUAAAAUGCUUUGAGCUUGUCCACUUUCGUCCCCUUCCAGAGGUAAUGGAAAACUCAUUCGACCAGAUUCUGUUCAUAAUAUGGAUACUCAUGUGAUUGAAUGCGUUCCGGCAGCCACUAAAGUCCUACUCUCCACUGACUGAGCUAAUUCUUAAUCAUUACGAUGUUCAUUUCCUAUCUGUUAAUCAACAAACUUAGAAUGUUAAAUUAGCUUUAAAUCCACAAGUUUAAGGAAACAGAGACAGCAAAGCACAUAUUGUUUUGCUUUAUUUUGUUUUUAUUGAGUACAUUUAAAUAAAAGGAGACCCUUUGCAGUUUUAAAUGAUGUCUUACUCCUAUCUUUAUGACCAAAAAUAACAGAAUAUAAAUUUGUUUACUUAAAUGUAGCUAAAAUAAAUUGAUUGCAACCACUUACCUUAAAAAAAAUUAGUGAAUUCAAUGAAUAAUUUUUCUCAGUGUGGUGACAUUGAAGGCGAGCGACCGUGGUGUUGUAGUUUGUUUAUAGCCUAAGUUUAGCUUUUAAGUUCUGGCGCUUUUAUUUAGGCAUCAAAAUUCAUAAAACUUAUAUUAUGUUGUGAAGAUUAUCUUGGUGGACAAAACGUGCAAGUUUCAUGAACUAUGGUUGCACACAGAGCAUGUUUUUGCAAUAAUCCAAAAGCCUAAAUCCUAUUUGCUUUUUGUUGAGGGAAACAGUGUGAUGCUGAUGUAUUGUGUUGCUCACAAGAUGUCGCUAUGACACUGUUGUGUUACGGUAGAUUCAAGUGUUUUUAGCGCUGUUUGAGCCUCGUGAUGUACGUAGUGUUGAUAGCGUGUAGUGCACCAUCUUUUCUUCAGUUCAUGUCAUCAACACUAUAGGUAAGACGUGGAAAUAGUCGUGGAAAUUUCAAUUUAAUGUAUCUUUGUUGUUAUCGCUCUAAAGUUCUGUCUAUUGAGAUAUUUUGUGUUCUAAACUGCUAAAGACCUAAAUGCAGAGUAAUAUGGAGAGUUAAAAUGUUUUUUUUUUUUUUUUGUUCUCUCUUUGGAGUGUGAUUAAUACGGGGUGGCUGAUGCAAAGCUAUGCAUGAUAAUAUAAGCAGUGAGAGGUUGUUAUUGAAUUGAAUGUGCAUUGAAAUGUACUUUACUAGAUUAAAACUUAAGUGAGUUCAUGUUAUCAACACUAUAGAUGCCGUGCUGUGGAAUAAACGGUCAAGCCAUGAUCCCGAACCCCUCUGUGUCCGCGUCUCCUCUCUACCACCACCCACGAGCACACACAACACUGCGCAGAGUAGCAGCAGCAGUGGUGCUAGAGGCCAGCAAGCACGCAGAGAGCGAGAGGGCUACACUAACAACCUACAAAGUGAUGUCAUAGUUCCCCCACUCUAUAGGCCUAUGUUGUUUAUAACAGAUACAAUUAUAAAGUAAAACAAAUUAUAAUGGCAUGUAUAUAUAUAUAUUUUAUUGAAUAAUUUUUUAAAGCUUUUUCUUAAUUUCAUCUUAUUUUCUUCCGAAUACUGAAAAGUGAGAUAUCAGUCCCCUAUGAGGAAGUAUUGGUAUAACUGUCUUUUUUAAUGUGUAUUGUAUUGGUUUGUUUUUUUUGUGUUUGCUAAUGGACCUUGAGUCUGAAAAUAAAAGUUGAACAUAGAACAUAUGUUACUGGCAGGGGUAAAUGUCCACUAUACCCAACAUUAGGUAUAAGGGGAAUGUUAAUUUUUUUAUGUUUUUAACACCCUGGAAGAGAUUGAAUGAAUUAAUAAGUACAUAGCAUAUAGGUCACAAAAAUAGGUGAUGUUUGAAGUGUUCACAAUGCUUUAUAAAUACUUUAUAUAAAAACAUAUAGGAACAAUAUAAAGGUCAUUUUGCUUAAAUCUAUAAGUUGUUUCAAGGUCAUACAUCAUAAAAAAAAUAAAGGUUUCAACAUU